AGUUUUAUUUUGAAAUCUCGCGGGAUGUAAGUGAUUGAAGAUGGCGGCGGAGGGAGAGGCGGUUUGCGCUCCUAUUGUACAAACAGAGAGUCCAGAUGGUGAGGCUGCUUUAGGUGGCUUGGCAGCAGUUAUGGAUAUGGAAUCUUCCAAUGGGAAAGAAGCCAUGGAUGGUGCAGGUGACAGCUCUGAGGCCAUGGACACUCAGACUGGAUCUGUGGACGAGGAGAAUGGCAGGCAGCUGGGAGAGGUGGAGCUGCAGUGUGGAAUCUGUAUGAAGUGGUUUACAGCCGAUACAUUCAGCAUUGACACUGCAACCUGUCUUCCAUUCAUGACAAACUAUGUUUUUCACUGCAACGUGUGUCAUCACAGCGGCAAUACCUAUUUCCUAAGGAAACAAGCCAACCUGAAGGAGAUGUGCCUUACGGCUCUUGCCAACUUGACGUGGCGCUCCAGGAAUCAGGAUGAGCAUCCUAAAACCAUGUUUUCAAAAGACAAGGAUAUAAUCCCUUUUAUUGACAAGUACUGGGAAUGCAUGACCACAAGACAGCGACCUGGCAAAUUAACCUGGCCAAAUAACAUUGUCAAAACCAUGAGCAAAGAACGGGAUGUCUUUCUGGUUAAAGAGCACCCAGAUCCAGGAAGCAAAGACCCAGAAGAGGACUACCCAAAAUUUGGUCUCCUUGACCAGGAUCUAGGCAACAUUGGGCCUGCUUAUGACCAGAAACAGACUGCUUCCGUGACCACAGCAGGUGGCCUGAAUGGUGGAUCCUCUUUCGCAGGUGGACUGGCACCUGGAGGCACUGGGAAAGGCAGAGGAGCCAAACGCAAGCAGCAGGAUGGGAGCACAGCAGGAACAGCCAAGAGAACAAGAAGUGACCCCCUGUUUUCGGCUCAGCGCCUGCCCCCCCACGGGUACCCCCUGGAGCACCCCUUCAACAAGGAUGGGUACCGCUACAUCCUGGCCGAGCCGGACCCCCACGCACCGGACCCUGAGAAACUGGAACUGGACUGCUGGGCAGGGAAGCCCAUCCCUGGGGACCUGUACAGAGCUUGCCUGUAUGAGCGUGUCCUGCUGGCCCUGCAUGACAGAGCCCCUCAGUUGAAGAUUUCAGAUGAUCGGCUGACCGUGACUGGAGAGAAAGGCUACUCCAUGGUUCGGGCGUCUCAUGGUGUUCGGAAAGGGUCCUGGUACUUUGAGGUCACUGUUGAUGAAAUGCCUCCAGACACUGCCUCCAGACUCGGCUGGUCACAGCCUUUAGGUAAUCUGCAGGCACCACUGGGCUAUGACAAGUUCAGCUAUUCCUGGCGCAGUAAGAAAGGUACGAAGUUUCACCAGUCCAACGGCAAGCACUACUCGGAUGGGUACGGCCAGGGGGAUACCCUGGGGUUUUACAUCUGUCUCCGGGACGGCACAGAGACUGCCAAGGCCCUCCCAGACACUUACAAAGAUAAGGCCUUGAUUAAAUUCAAAAGCUACUUGUAUUUUGAGGAAAAGGACUUUGUAGAUAAAGCAGAGAAGAGCCUCAAGCCAAUGAGGUCCAGCAAAAUGAUAUUUUUUAGGAAUGGUGUUAGUCAAGGAGUCGCAUUCGAAGACCUAUUUGAAGGAAUUUACUUCCCUGCCAUCUCCUUGUAUAAAAGCUGCACUGUUUCUGUAAAUUUUGGACCACAUUUUAAGUACCCUCCAAAGGACGUCACGUACCAACCAAUGAGCGACAUGGGCUGGGGCGCGGUGAUCGACCACACGCUGGCGGACAUACUGUAUCACGUGGAGACCGAAGUGGACGGCCGCCAUAGCCCUCCCUGGGAGCCCUGAGUGGACAUCUGAAACCUCUGGACACCUUCCAGCUGCUCUGUACUGAGACUUAUUCAAACCAGCAGGCUGACCCACGAACAAGUGUACCAGGGAACAACAAGCAUUGUAACACAACACAUUCAAAUAAUACUUUUACAAAGGUCUUGGAAUGUGAGUCAAUCUAAAACCCAUAGUUAAUUUUCCGUACUUUUAUAUAUUGCACAUUUAAAAAUGUAGUCCCUAGACUUUCAAUUCCAUUCCCUACCUUUUAUCUUCAGUACCUCCUUUAUCAUUGUGAAGUGGAACUUUUAAUUUCUGAUACAUUUUCACAAUGAAGUCAUAAUAAAGACAUUGAAGCCCUCAA